AUGCCUCAACCGGGACGUCCAGGGUCGGGAUCCUUCACGACAAUCGGUUCUAGGGAAACAAUGCCUAAUGGCGACAUUGCCGACUAUAGCAGGCAAACUCACAUUCACGUCAACAGCAAACGGUGGGAUCCCCCCCAACGUUCUCCGCUCGACCAUCGAGCUCUCGACGUGGUGAACAGGGACGGUCUUCGCCAAAGUCACCCUGCUCUCGACAAUCUGAAGCCCUUGUCGGAAACUAUCUUGCAUGAGUUGAUGCAUGCGCUUGGCGGCUCGGCUCCGCCGGCUCACAGGAGAGCGUUAAUCACGGAUAGUCCGGUACCGCCCAUUCAGCAGAACAAAAUCUAUGGUUAUGAAAUGUGUGUCUGGAUGAACGAAAACCGCGAUAAUCCGGCAGCUAUCAGACUCGGUGCAACACCCCUAACGCGAGCUGACUGCCCGACGAUCCUGGCCAAAGCAUUAUACCUUCAAAUCCAGGGAAGGGCAACCUAUUGGAGUACAGGCGUCGUGAACCCAACGACACUGCAACCCUCGGGUAUUCAGCCGCCGCAGUCAACAUCUAAGCGACGUGCUUCACGGAUUUUCCCACGCGUUUGGGGCCAAGUGGUUUAG